UUUGAUAGACUAGAAGGGAUCGACAGAGUGGUGGACAGAGCUUCAGAAUUUGAAAUACCAAAAUUGGUAGUAUACAUAAUGUGGGUAUUUGUUUGGAUGGUUUUCAUGCUCUUUAUGUCAGAAGCUAAAGUUACAUGGAAUGUAGAGAAACAAAUAACAGAUUAUGGUGAAGAUUUAGAAUUGUUUUGUAAUAUUUCUGAUGAUUAUAAAAUAAAAUCACAAAAAAGUAAAAGAUGGUAUAGGGGAUCUGAACAGAAGUUGCUUACAAUUAAUGAUGUAGAUAAACCAAAGUACAGUGCCUCCAUAGAAAGUAAUGGAUUCAAGUUGAUUAUCAAAAACUUGACAGAAAAUGAUGUGAAUGUUACAUAUCAGUGUGAAUACGGGUUUACAAAGUCUGAAAAUUUACUUCUUCUGGCAAAAGAUGUUUUUAUUAAAGAUUUACCUGGACAUAAAGAAGAGGCUAAAGAAAGUGGUGGGAAAAUUGCUGUAAUACUUGGCAUAGUGUUUGCAGUUCUAAUAUUUAUUGUUAUACCUGUAUGUGUUAUAUAUAUAUUGUACAAAAGAGGUCAACUGGUGAUGGUAACUGAAAUUUGUAAAUGUAAUGGAGAACCUCAGAAUGCCGAAGAUCAAUAUGAUGGGGUACAAUAUAAUCCUGUCCCACCUCGCGAAACAAAUGGUACUAAAAAUCAGCAGACCAAUAUAGUAAUUGAUAAUGAAGCAAAUAGAUGUUGUCAUCAUCCAUCAAAUGAAGAUCAAUAUGAUGGGGUACGAUACAAUCCUGUACCACCUUACAAAACAAAUGGUACUGACAAUCAGCAGACAAAUAUAGCAAAUGGAUGUCAUCAUCCAUCAAAUGAAGUACCAUUUGAAGAUAUAGAAACAACAGGGAAUGCAUCAUAUAUUUCUCAAACCGAAGCACUGUCCAACCAAGUUACAGUAUUAUGUGAUAAUAAAAUGAUAGAACGCUCACCUGGUACAUCACACACACCUCAGGAGUGCCAACAGCCAGUAAUUGUAACAAGCUUUACAAGGCUGGGUGGUUGUAAAGCACAACAAUCACAACAAUCUUAUGAUGAAGAAAAGGAAACAUCUCAUGCCGCUGAUACAGAGAGAUCUAUUGUGUCCUCCCAACAGGAGGAGGGUGCUCUUUCCAAUAGUGAAUGUCAGAUUACAAAACCAAAUCAAGAGGAAGAAUAUGCAAUCAGUUCAAGAAAAUUUCCAGCAUAUUCUAAGAAAAGAGUUAGAGAACAAAGUUUUACUGAAUGGUCUCUAAACAGCCCAUCUAUACAAAAGAUGGCCAGUGCUGGAUUCUUCUAUAAAGGAUGCAAUACCUAUGCGCAAUGCUUCUGUUGUGGAUUCAAUCAGAAGUGGAGAGAAAAUGAUGAUCCUUUAAGAAGCAGUUCACAUUAUGAUGAUUGUUCAUAUUCUCAAAAAGUAAAUGACAGCUCUGCUCAGGAUAGUAACCCCAGUAGUCCUGAUAGUGAACAAACAAUUCCCAAGUCAAUGGAGUUACCUCAAUUUUUAUGAUGCAUUCAGUGAAUUGUUAUGAGAUUAUUGUUAUGGCUAAAUGAAAUCCACCUGGAUACAUCACAAUAUUCUACUAUUGGUGUAAAAUAUUCAACUCAGUUUUUAUACGCCCGUUUACGGGACGUAUUAUGGUAAACCGUUGACCGUCCGUCUGUCCGUCCGUCCGUCGUCAACAUGUCGGACAUUAAUUCAAAAACGCUUUUACCAAUAUGCAUGAAACUUUGGUGAAUUGUUUAUAUCUAUUGACGUGAGCUCCCUUUCGUUUUUUAUAAAUUUCAGAUUUACCAUUUCCGAGUUUUGGGGUUUUAUUCAUUAAAAGAGGGGUGAUUUUCCAGUUUUCGGACUAUAACUCAAAAACAAUUUCACCAAUUUGCAUGAAACUUUUGUGAAUUGUUUAUAUCUAUUGACGUGAGCUCCCUUUCGUUUUUUAUAAAUUUCAGAUUUACCAUUUCCGAGUUUUGGGGUUUUAUUCAUUAAAAGAGGGGUGAUUUUCCAGUUUUCGGACUAUAACUCAAAAACAAUUUCACCAAUUUGCAUGAAACUUUUGUGAAUUGAUCAUAUUUAUUGAUGUGAGCUCCCUUUCGAUUUUUUUAAAAAUUUAGGAUUUACCGUUUCCGAGUUUUGGGGUUUUGUUCAUUAAAAAAGGGGGGAUUUUCCAGUUUUCGAACAAUAACUCAAAAACAAUUUCACCAAUUUGCAUGAAACUUUUGUUAAUUGUUCAUAUCUAUUGAUGUGAGCUCCCUUUCGUUUUUUAUAAAUUUAGGAUUUACCGUUUCCGAGUUAUGGGGUUUUAUCCAUUAAAAAAGGGGGGAUUUUCCAGUUUUCGGACAAUAACUCAAAAAAAAUUUCACCAAUUUGCAAGAAACUUUUGUGAAUUGUUCAUAUCUAUUGACGUUAGGUCCCUUUUGAUUUUUAUAAAUUUCAAGACUAUACGUUUCCGAUUUAUGGGGUUUUAUUCAUUACAAAAAGGGGGAUUUUCCAGUUUUCAGCAUUUUUUAUGAAACUUUGGUAAAUCUAUUUUUGUAAGCUCCCUUUUGAUUUUUAUAAAUUUUCGAUUUAAUGUUUCCGAGUUAUAAGAUUUUAUUUGUUUAUAGUCUGACAACAGAUUUAAUAAGUAUUACGCAACAGCACAGUGUAUUGCACAACAGCAAGAAAUCUUUCAUAUAACCAAUUUGAAGUUCUUUUACUACAUUUAUUCAGAAACCUAUAAUAUAUCAAAUAUUUAAUUACAAUCCAAAUUCUGACCUGUAUCAAACUUGAAUAUUGUGUCCAUUUUUGCCCCAACUGUUCAGGGUUGGACCUCUGCGGGCGUAUCCAGCUGCGCUCAGCGAAGCAGUUUAUUUUCAAAAAAUUUAACGAUCUUCUAACACAAUUUAUGAUAAUUGAAUUAUAUAAGAUUUUAAUGUUGACUGAUAGCAGAAUCGAUUAUAAGACAUAGUCACCAUUCCUGUGGUUGGGUACUAACUUGUUACUUUUAAAAUAAUUUGAGAAUGAAAUAUUUUACUGUUAUGAGUACAGUUGAAAAUAGUCAUGAUACAAAUUAAAUUGAUUACAAGAAAUGCCUUCUAGGGCUUCCAUGUUAUUUUUUCCAGAUCACAUGUUAUGCAAUUAUUUUUUUUACUGUAUAAAAGUUGUGCAAGGCCAAAUAUUAUGCAUGAAAGGGUGAAAAUGAUGUGAUAUAAAAUUUACAAAUUAUUUAGUCAAUCUCUGCAAUAGGUUCAAAACUGCAUUAGCAUAUAAGUGGCAUAAUAGAAAGCUGUUUUAAAUCAGCAAAACAUUAAUCAUAGGAUGUUUACAUAUACAUUUAUGUUGAAAGUUUAACCUUUAGUUUUUAUACGACCGCAAAAAAAUGUUUUGUGGUCGUAUAUUGGUAUGACGUUGGCGUCGUCGUCGUCGUCUGGCGUCGUCCGGCGUCGUCCGAAGACACAUUGGUUUUCGCACUCUAACUUUAGUUUAAAUGAAUGGAUCUCUAUGAAAUUUUACCACAAGGUUCAAUACCACAAAAGGAAGGUUGGGAUUGAUUUUGGGGGUUAUGGUACCAACAGUAAAGGAAUUAGGGGCCAAAAAGGGGCCAAAAAUAAGCAUUUUUGUAACUUCCAGACAUAACUUGUGUGUUAGUGUAUGGAUCUCUCUGACAUUGUACCACAAGGUUCCAUAUCACAAAAGGAAUGCUGGGAUUGAUUUUGGGGGUAAUUGCCUCAAAAUUUUAGGAAUUAGGGGCCAAAAAAGGGGCAAAAAACAAGCAUUUUUCUAGUUUCAGGACAAUAACUUGUGUGUAAGUGUAUGGAUCUUUCUGAAAUUGUACUACAAGGUUCCAUAUCACAAAGGGAAAGCUGGGUUUGAGUUUGGGGGUAAUUGCCUUAAACGUUUAGGAAUUUGGGGCCAAAAAGGGGCCUAAAAACAAACAUUUUUCUAGUUUCCAUACAAUAACUUGUGUUCAAGUGUAUGGAUCUCUCUGAAAUUGUACUGCAAGGUACCAUACCACAAUUGGGAAGGCUGGAAUUGAGUUUGGGGGUGAUGAAUCAUAAGGGGGUUCAAAAAAUUUGGGGGAGGGAUUUUUUUUCCUUUUUUUUUCUUUAAAAUUUUCCAUUUUAAAUUGGUUAUUUCUGAUUUAUAUAUAAAAGCAAAUAAUAAUGAUAUGGUUUGAAUAGGUUAUUUAAAAUUUUUUUAAGUUCUUAGACCACAUUCAUUCUGUGUCAGAAACCUAUGCUGUGUCAAAUAUUUAAUUACAAUCCAAAUUCAGUGCUGUAUCAAGCUUGAAUGGUGUGUCCAUACUUGCCCCAACUGUUCAGGGAUCGACCUGUGCGGUCGUAUCAAGCUGUGCCCAGCAAAGCAUUUUAUUGAAACUGUUUUAGAAGAAGGAGGGUGUGAAUAGUGCGACAAUGAAUGUGUUCAUUUUAGAGUUGAUAUCGUACUUAAGCUUGUUAUUGAGUUUUAAGAUGUUUUACUUUUGUAUGUCUUGUUGUAUAUUAUUGUUAAGGAGUUCUAAAAGCUAAGCAUGAUGUUUAUGAGGUGUUUAAGAAUUAAUGUAAAGGUCAGAAGUGUUUAUAGUACAUGUAAUGGAAGGUAAGGAUUAGCAUAUUGUUUGUUUCCAGUUUUACAAACUCAAUAUUUUUCAUUGUUAGGGUUAGACAAAAUUUCAAGGUACUGGUCAUUUAAAAGGGAAAAAAAUAAUUGUUUUUUUCACAUGAUGUUACUUCAGACAAAAGUUGAAAAAUAGAAGUGAAAGAUACCAAAGGGACAUUCAAACUGAUAAGACGAACAUAAACUGAAAUUGUAAUGGCAUAAAAAGAAAAUAACCAAAAGACAAUCAACAGUAUACAAAACACAACAUGGAAAACCUAAAGACUGAGCAACAUAAAUCCCAACGAUAUCAAAUGUUUCUAUCUUAUAUAUAAAUUUUAAAAUAGUUUGUCAUUUAAUUCAACGGUUGAUUUGCUUUGAAACGUGCAUUAUGUUCAUUGCCACUACCCAUACAGGAGAUACUGGUUCAGCAAUUAUGAAUCAAAGUAGAAAUGUCAACUUUCCAGAAACAUACUGUACAUCUAAGAUCUAAAUCUGCGGCUCUUUACAAAAAAACUCAUUUCAGUAUAACUUACGAUCAAUUUUAAUCCUAAGAUUUAUUGUGAAAAGAGUCGCUGGCUUUUAACUUUUGAAAUCUAGAGUAAUACAUUCAUUCAAUGGAAUUUGAAACAUUUAGAAGGGAUUUAGAAUGUUUGAUUUGUAGCUUUAGAUGAGCGAUUUAAAUGCCUGCAACUAAUGCUGAAGUUGCAAUCUUAGGUCAAAUACAGUAAACUUAGAUUUUAUACAGAAAUGGUUUUAAGCUAAUGCAAUCUAAACCUUAUUAAUAUUAGAAUAUUUUCUGCUAUCUGUAGGUUUCAGUAGACAUACUUGAAGAUGUCCAGCUAAAACGUAGCAAUAUCACAUCUUAUGUAGUUAACAUGACAGAAAAUAUGUCAAAAUAGUCAAUUUUUUCAUCACAUUGAAUUUUAAUUGUUUGCUUAAUAUGUUUUCUUGUCAAAUAGAGUGUUUUUGAAAAGAUGACGAAAGAUGAAAAACAAAUAUUCAAUAAACAGCAAACCUUGUUAAAUGUCCUAUCAGAUGAAUUACGUACAGCUUAAUUGUUAUCCCCUUUUAAAGGGUAUGCAGUAUUCUUAUAAAAUUAUCACUACCUCUUGUUAGGUAAAACUGAUGUGUUAUUUUACUGCACAUGUCAUCUGUUGAUGUUCUUAUUUUCUUUUAAUAAUUACAAUUUCAUGUAAAUGUCCUAUUUUGCCUUUUAGAGCAUUAUGAUUUUGGUGCUCAAUUAUAUAUUUUUAUUGUUUUUUAAAAUAAAAGGUCCAAAAAUCAGUU